AUCUCAUCUUCCUCCCCAAUCCCGACCCCCUUUUAAAAGCCUCGACCGGACGACGAUGCAAGUCCACAUCCAAAAUUCCCAGUCCGCGAUACAAGACCAAUCCAAUCCCAGCGGAAGUGGAAGCAGUUUCAUUUCCUUCCUUGCAGCUAGCAGCGAUGAUUCUUGUGGCGAUAGUGGCGGAGCUGCUCGAGGAGUACACCGCGCUGGUGGCGCGGGUGCUGGAGCAGCUGCUCAACGACGCGCCGUUCCCGCGCCGGAUGCGCUUCCUCAUGCUGCGGAGCCUCCCCUUCGUGCCGCCGCCUCUGCCCCCGCCGCCGCCGCCGCACGCCCUCCACGUUACCACCCGAGUCUGAUUAUUGGCUCCAUUUUUCUCAGGGGUUUCAGCCUACUGCCCGCCAUGGCCGCCCACCCACUAGCCUGCGCUUGAGGCAGCUAGUAGUAGAUACUGUAGGUUGACCAGUGAUCCACGGUGUGUUUCUCGCUUUCCUUUUGUCUGUUGAUUUCUAUUGGCUAUACUACACGGUGCUGUAAAGGAUCAAUUAGUUCUGCCUUUGAGGCCCUCAUUUGGUGUAAAUAUUUUUGAUAACAUGGACCAUGGAAAAAACUUUCCUUU